AUGCCCGUCAAGGCCGUGAAGGGGAAGGCAAAGCCACAGGUGCAGAAGGCCAAGUCGGAGUCUAAGCAGGCGAAGAAGACAAAAACAGCAGUUCCAAAGAGAAUCACUCCUACUGUCUUGCCGCCAGCGCAGCCGAAAGAUGAUGCAGCGUCGAAGUCAGAGGAGAACCAGGUUGAGGUGGGUGGAUAUGACAGCCCGCCACCGGAGUUGCCGGAUGAUGGGCUGCUCAAUAUCCUUGAUAAGAGCAGUGACUCUGAUAAUGACGAUGAACCGUCAGUGGCGAGCUUGAUUUUGACUGCAACUCCGAGCGCGACGAAGGCGCAUCCAUCGCCUAUCAAGAAGAAGACGCUGACUCCUCAGAAGCGGUUCGCGAAGAAGAAAGGAGCCCUACCACUGGAUUUCAACUUCUCCAACGCGGAAGCGAAGAGGCAGGCAAAGGUUGCGGAGGUCGCUGCCGGCGCUGAAGAGGGUGAAAGUGAUCAAGCAGACUCGGAACCUGAACCGAUGCCUGUACCAUUAACACCAACUCCAAAGAAGCGCUUAAAGCGCCGGAAGGAUUUGUCGAAGGGACAAAACGCAACUGGCGCUGCCACAUCGACUGGAGGGAUAAACUUGAUGGCGGCUAUGGCGAACACUGCUGAAAUCACUUCAGCACCGGCGCCAAAGAAGAAAGUUGGUGGUAAAGCCGAAACCAUGUCGAUCAAGCAGCGUCUAGCAAAUGCAGAGUUGCUCGCGCGGAUGAACAAGAUGCAAGAUAUCAGCACACCGAAAAUGUUAGGCAAGAAAACGAAGAAAACGCAGAACAAGGGUGCAGCGAAAACGUUAGCGGCGAAGCGGGCGGAUUUCCGGAAGGUGCUACAAAGUGAUACCGCAGACGUUGAGGUACCUCCUCAACGUGAGCAGGUCGUCGAGGAGAGAGACCUGAACAUCAGUUUAAACAGCAGUGGCCUGAUUAGCGACAAUGACUCACCUGAAAAUCUACGUGCUCCGUCCCGAAAGCGGCCGCGAGGAGCGGCUGAUGAAGAUGUGACACCAACGAAGAAGCUGCAGUUCUUUGAGAUCACGAAGCGACUUGCGAAAUCACCGAUGCCACGGUUUCUGCGAACCCCGACACCUCUCAUGUUCCCUGUGGUAGGCUCGGCUCUGGUAAAGCCAAGAGCUGCAUCGCCUGCCCCCCGUGCCGCAAGUGCUCGCAGCACAGCCGCGAAAGAUUACUCAGCACGUCGAAUGAACUCAGCCCCAGUUCGUCCGAAGAAAACUACCAACGCGAAUCGGUUCGGCCUUCCUGCAGGUGGUGCUGGCACAGGUGCAAGUGGUGGAGGGUUUUCCAUGUUCGACGCCUUCGUGAACAGUGGCAAUAGUAGCGCAAUUCCUCGGCUGAAAACAAAGACUCGGGGAGAUGUUUCGCCGUCAGUGUAG